AUGUGUAACUGGGGCAGAGUGGCCAAAGAGGAAGGAGUGUUGGCAGAAGAGCUUUCGGUGGAGGAGAGGAACACGACUUCCUGGCUUAAACCGAAAGAGGUCUGGCUUGAAAAUCUUUUUGCAUCCUCAGCACUUCCUAGUGUUUGUAAGGAGGACAACUUCAGAAUAAUUCUUUUGCCUAAAUUUGCUCUUACCAAGUUUUCAAAAGGAAUCGACUUUAAGAUCAGAACAAUAGAAUUAGAUGGAAAGAAAAUCAAGCUACAAAUAUGGGAUACAGCAGGCCAGGAGAGAUUCCGCACAAUCACAACAGCUUACUACAGAGGAGCCAUGGGAAUUAUGCUGGUGUAUGACAUCACAAAUGAAAAAUCUUUUGACAACAUAAAAAACUGGAUAAGAAACAUAGAGGAGCAUGCCUCUUCAGAUGUAGAAAGAAUGAUCCUGGGUAACAAAUGUGAUAUGAAUGAAAAAAGACAAGUUUCGAAAGAAAAAGGGGAGAAGUUAGCGAUUGAUUAUGGAAUCAAAUUUUUGGAGACAAGUGCAAAAUCCAGCAUAAAUGUGGAAGAGGCAUUUUUCACACUUGCACGGGACAUUAUGACAAAGCUCAACAGAAAAAUGAAUGACAACAGUUCAUCAGGGGCAGGUGGGCCAGUAAAAAUAACAGAAAACCGGUCUAAGAAGAGCAGCUUCUUUCGAUGCACGCUACUUUGAUGAACUUCUAAUGAUAGACUGCAGCACACUUAGAACCUUUUCUGCUUCUUUGAAAGCACAGGGUCACAAAGCCUCAGAAAUAAUACCACCAAGCUGCUGCUGAGAGCUCCAUUGAACGUAGACUGCGAUACACAAAAUACCAAGUGGAUUUUGCUCACUAAGCCUAUUGACCUGUCAGGCUCUUCUUUCUCAGAUAUGGAAGCUAUGAAGUGGAGACACAUGCAAGAGUUAACUUGUUUUCCUUUUUUACUUUCUGUUUUAUUGCCUGUUGCAAAAGCUGCUAUGUUUCUUUUAACUUUGCACAUCCAUAUUGGCCUCUUACUGCCUGUUACAGCACAAUCUUACAUUUGUAUUUGCACAGUUUGACUUGUAAGUAAGAUUCUUAACAGAUUUGUGCAGGUUUUUCUUUCUGUUUUUAAACAAAUUUAUUUUCAAGCAGAAGAGCCAGGGGAAAAAUUAAGUCUCACUUCCAUUAUUUUCUAUGCUGUAUACUUGUGGCCAUGAUUGCAGUAUGGAUGUUGACACUCUAGUGAUGAGAAUUACUGUGACAAUUGGCAUUUAACAAUUUGUAUGGGUUUUGUUUCUUAGAUGCACAAAUCUGUUCCUGCAGAAGCUAUGGCUUCUAUUCUGAAUGUAGUGUGUUGCUUGUCUUUCUUUACCGGACUUAGCAAGGUUGUGUUCUGAAUUGCCAGUCACUGUCUGAUUCACAGAUGCACCUUUCAGUUAUUUGAAUAAACACAGUCUUUCCUCA